AUGCCCUCUGAGAAGGAAUGGCUCACCUUCGCUAAAUGGGGAGAGAAAUACGGCGAUAUAGUUUCUGUUUCUAUCCUAGGGCGCCGCUUGGUCAUCAUAAAUUCCAUUCAAGUGGCGAUCAGCAUACUCGACAAGAAAAGUUCUAUCUACUCUGAUAGACCGGUCGUCGGGAUGGGCGGCGAGCUCGUCGGGUGGAAGAACUCCAUCAUUUUUAUGCCAUAUGGGGUGCGUUUUCGCAAUGGUCGCCGAUUAGCGCAUCAACUCUUCGGCAAAGGCGUGACCAUGAAACAAUUUCUGCCGAUGUUGGAGUUGGAGACGCGUCGUUCCCUAAAAAGAAUCUUCAUUCGACCUGAAGGACUUUCGGAACACAUCCGAAAGACUGCCGGCGCAAUCAUCUUACAAAUUUCGUAUGGAUAUGUGAUCCAAGAAGAUAAUGACCCAUUCGUGGAGCUGGCAGAACGAACAAUGAACCAGUUUUCUCUCGCAACGGCUUCUGGCGGCUUCUUUGCCAAUCUUAUCCCAACAUACUGGUUUCCUGGGGCUGGAUUCAAACGCACCGCUCGAGAGUGGGCUUCAACUCUAAACGAUUUCGUGGAAAAGCCACAUAAUUAUGUAAAGAAGGAAAUGGCUGCCGGGCAAGCUCGUCGUUCCCUGGCCUCCAGUCAGCUUGAACGUGAGAUGACUGCCGAGGAAGAUCUCACCGUUGCAUCUAUUUAUGCCUUUUUCAAAGCGAUGCUUCUGUAUCCCGAUGUUCAGGCGAAAGCACAAGCAGAGAUCGACGCGGCGAUCGGCGAUGAUCGGUUACCCCGAUUCGACGACCGAGAGCGCCUUCCGUAUGUCAAUGCACUAGCGCUCGAAGUCGUCCGAUGGCAUACCGUAGGUCCCGUAGGCCUUCCUCACUGUGCUAUCCAGGACGAUGUUCAGUUCGGUUAUUUCAUUCCGAAGGGCUCCUUGGUCUAUGCGAACAUUUGGAAAAUGCUUCACAAUCCUGCGGUAUAUGAUCAACCAUUCGAAUUUAAGCCGGAGAGAUUUAUUCGAACCGAAGGCAGAGAGCCGGAAUUCGACCCUUGUAAAUUGGCAUUUGGAUUUGGUCGGCGGAUCUGCCCAGCUGACGCGUCCAUAUUUAUUUCCUGUGCUAUGGCGUUAUCGGUUUUUACUAUUUCGAAAUAUUCUGAAAAUGGCGUCACAUUCGAACCGGAUACGGAACAUACUGCAGGGACUAUCAGCCAUCCGACACCGUUCAAGUGCAGCAUUAAAGCUAGAAGCGAGAAAGCCUCAAGACUUAUCAACGAAGAACGGUUUGAUUAG